AUGUCAAAAAAGGCUUUCACUGGUAUGAGAGAUGCCCAAAGUCUUUUGGGUAAUAAAAAUAAGCUUAUGGUAGCUAAUAGAGGUGAAAUUCCAAUUAGAAUCUUUAGAACUGCCCAUGAAUUAUAUAUGAGAACUUUAGCAAUUUAUUCACAUCAAGAUAGAUUGUCUCUACAUAGAUUGAAAGCUGAUGAGUCUUAUGUUAUUGGUAAAGAAGGUCAAUAUACACCUGUUGGUGCCUAUUUGGCAAUUGAUGAAAUUAUUGACAUUGCUAAGAAACAUGAUGUAGAUUUCAUCCAUCCUGGCUAUGGGUUCCUAUCAGAAAAUGCAGAAUUCGCAGCUAAAGUUAUUGAAGCAGGUAUCACUUGGAUUGGUCCUCCUCCUGAAGUAAUUAAUUCUGUUGGUGAUAAAGUUGCUGCAAGAAAUUUGGCUGCAAGAGCUAACGUCCCAACUGUUCCUGGUACUCCAGGUCCAAUCGAAACUGCUGAAGAAGCAGAAGCAUUCGUUGAAAAAUAUGGAUAUCCUGUAAUUAUAAAAGCUGCUUAUGGUGGUGGUGGUAGAGGUAUGAGAGUGGUCAAAGAAGGUGACAGUGUUGCAGAUGCCUUCCAAAGAGCUAGAUCAGAAGCUAUUUCCGCAUUUGGUAAUGGUACUUGUUUUGUAGAAAGAUUCUUGGAACGUCCAAAACAUAUAGAAGUACAAUUAUUAGCUGAUAAUUACGGUAACGUAGUACAUCUUUUUGAAAGAGACUGCUCUGUUCAAAGAAGACACCAAAAAGUUGUGGAAGUUGCCCCAGCAAAAACACUACCAAUUCAUGUACGUAACGCAAUCUUAACAGAUGCUGUUAAAUUGGCUAAAGAAGCCGGUUACCAAAAUGCUGGUACAGCUGAAUUUUUGGUAGACAGUCAAAAUAGACAUUAUUUCAUUGAGAUUAAUCCAAGAAUUCAAGUUGAACAUACUAUCACUGAAGAAAUUACAGGUAUUGAUAUUGUCGCUGCACAAAUCCAAAUAGCUUCAGGUGCUUCACUUGAAGACUUAGGUUUAUUCCAAGAUAAAAUUACAACAAGAGGUUUUGCAAUCCAAUGUCGUAUUACCACUGAAAACCCAUCCAAAAACUUCCAACCUGAUACAGGUAAAUUAGAAGUUUAUCGUUCCACUGGUGGUAACGGUGUCAGAUUAGAUGGUGGUAAUGUGUAUGUUGGGGCUGAAAUUUCUCCACAUUACGAUUCGAUGUUAGUUAAGUGUACCUGUCUGGGUUCUACUUAUGAGAUAGCCAGACGUAAGAUAAUUCGUUCUUUAAUUGAAUUCAGAAUUAGAGGUGUCAAAACUAAUAUUCCUUUCUUGAUCACUUUGUUGAAUCAUGAAGUUUUCAUCCACGGUGAAUAUUGGACUACUUUUAUUGAUGACACUCCUCAAUUAUUUAAGAUGUUGUCAUCAAGAGACAGAGCAACUAAAGUAUUGAAUUAUCUUGCUGAUAUUGCAGUCAAUGGCCCUUCAAUUAAAGGUCAAAUAGGUUUACCUAAAUUGGCAAUGAAUCCAACUGUUCCUGAUAUUCAUGACUCUGAGGGCAAUGUUGUUAAUGUCACCAAUGCCCCACCAAGUGGUUGGAGACAGAUUUUAUUGGAACAUGGUCCUGAAGUAUUUGCUAAAAAGGUCAGAGAGUUUGACGGUACUUUGAUCAUGGAUACUACCUGGAGAGAUGCUCAUCAAUCUUUAUUGGCUACUAGAGUUAGAACUCAUGAUCUAGUUACAAUUGCCCCAACCACAGCUCAUGCCCUAGCUGGUGCUUUUGCCCUAGAGUGUUGGGGUGGUGCUACUUUUGACGUUGCUAUGAGAUUCUUACAUGAAGAUCCAUGGGAACGUUUAAGAAAGUUAAGAAAGCUGGUUCCAAAUAUUCCUUUCCAAAUGUUAUUACGUGGUGCCAAUGGUGUAGCAUACUCCUCUUUGCCUGAUAACGCAAUUGAUCACUUUGUUAAACAAGCAAAGGACAAUGGUGUCGAUAUCUUCAGAGUUUUUGAUGCUUUGAAUGAUUUAGAACAAUUGAAGGUAGGUGUUGAUGCUGUUAAGAAGGCCGGUGGUGUUGUUGAAGCAACUGUUUGUUACUCUGGUGAUAUGUUACAACCGGGCAAAAAAUACAAUCUAGAUUAUUAUAUGGAAAUUGCUGAUAAAAUUGUUAAAAUGGGUACCCAUAUUUUGGGUAUUAAGGAUAUGGCAGGUACUUUGAAACCAGCUGCUGCAAAGAUAUUAAUUGGCUCUUUAAGAACGAAAUAUCCAAAUCUGCCAAUCCAUGUUCAUUCCCAUGAUUCUGCAGGUACCGCAGUUACAUCUAUGAUUGCAUGUGCUUUGGCUGGUGCUGAUGUUGUUGAUGUUGCUACCAAUUCAAUGUCAGGUCUAACAUCUCAAGCAUCUGUUAAUGCUGUUUUGGCAUCUCUUGACAGCAGUGUCAACACCAAUAUUGAUGUCAAUCAUGUAACAGAGUUGGAUGCCUAUUGGGCUGAAAUUAGAUUAUUGUAUUCUGGUUUCGAUGCAGACUUGAAAGGUCCAGAUCCAGAUGUUUACGAACAUGAAAUCCCUGGUGGUCAAUUGACUAACUUGUUGUUUCAAGCUCAACAAUUAGGUUUAGGUGAACAAUGGGCUGAAACAAAGAGAGCCUAUAGGGAAGCUAAUUAUUUGUUGGGUGAUAUCGUUAAGGUCACUCCUACAUCUAAGGUUGUUGGUGAUUUAGCCCAAUUUAUGGUCACUAACAAAUUAACAUCAGAUGAUAUCAGAAGAUUAGCUAACUCUCUAGAUUUCCCAGAUUCUGUCAUGGACUUCUUUGAAGGUUUAAUCGGUCAACCAUACGGUGGAUUCCCUGAACCUCUAAGAUCUGAUAUUCUAAGAAAUAAGAGAAAGAAGUUGACUUGUCGUCCAGGUUUGGAAUUGGCUCCAUUUGAUUUAGAAAAGAUUAGAGAAGAUUUGGAAGGUAGAUUUGGUGAUGUUGAUGAAUGUGAUGUGGCCUCAUAUAAUAUGUAUCCAAAGGUCUUUGAAGACUUCCAAAAAGUAAGAGAAACUUAUGGUGAUUUAUCUAUUCUUCCAACAAAGAACUUUUUGGCUCCUCCAGUAAUUGGUGAAGAAAUUGAGAUUAUUUUGGAACAAGGUAAGAAUUUAAUUAUCAAAUUCCAAGCUAUUGGUGAUUUGAGAAAAGAUACCGGUACCAGAGAAGUUUACUUCGAAUUGAACGGUGAAUUGAGACAAAUUCUAGUUGUUGAUAAAACUCAAAAGGUGGAUUCUGUUGCUAAGCCAAAAGCUGACGCACAUGAUCCAUUCCAAAUCGGUGCACCAAUGGCUGGUGUGAUUGUUGAAGUUAAAGUCCAUAAGGGUUCUUUGGUUAAAAAAGGUGAACCUAUUGCAGUUUUGAGUGCAAUGAAAAUGGAAAUGGUUAUUUCUUCAGUUGCAGACGGUCUUGUCAAGGAAGUAUUUGUUAAUGACGGUGACAAUGUCGAUGCCUCAGAUUUGCUAGUUUUAUUGGAAGACACUGUUCCUCCAGCAGAAAAGGAAAAUUAG